GCAGUGUACCAAAUCAAAUUGAACGCUCGUGCCGCGUCAGAGGGUUUUCUUUCUUCAAGGCUCCGGGAGAUGUUGACAGGAAAGACCUGUAGCAGCACUAGCGGUAGGGAGUAGAGAGUAGAGAGUCGAGAGUAGAGAGAAGAGAGUAGAGAGUAGAGAGAAGAGAGUAGAGAGAAGAGAGUAGGGGGAGGGGGAGUUGCGAGGAAGAGGUAGCAGCGGCUCUCUCUCUUAUGCCCGGAGCUGAGCAGUGUGCCAUCUCUCCUUCGUCUUCGGCUUCGUCUUUCUUCCGAUUCUUCGUCUUCGUCUCUCUUUCCCUCUCUUUGUACUUUUCCUUCUCCUCCUCAAUGCCCUCAUCUCCUCGGCGCACCGCACUCUAUAGCGAAUGGGAAUCCCUUUUUUUCCACGCGACGUUCUCCCCUGAGUCACCUCUUCACGCGACGAUCUCCCCUUCUCCACGCAACGUGGAGUUCGUAUCCGUCUGAAGACCCUGAACAGUGCCCACCACAGCCGCGCUUCGACCCCAGCAGCAGCGGAGUUCUAUAGCUUCGGCCGACUUCUUCUAUCCUACCCGGCGCGGCGUACCCGCCGAGCUCCCGAGUCAUUCUGUACGGCUUUGCGUAUUGUUUGCGUAAUGCUUGUGCCUCAGUCUUAGACUCGUAGACUCGUAGUCAGUGUGUAGCAACUACUAGCAAGUACUAGCAAGUAGUACUAUAGUAGCAGUCACUUCUUGUAGUGGAACCGGUGUGAGAUUGUCCAUCCGGAAGUCACAGGCCUACCGAGGUGAACAGCAAGAGUAGUCGAUCAUCGGUCUGGAGACUGAGUAGAGUUGAGCACACUUAAGUCAGCUUGAGAAGGGCUAAAAAUAGAAGUAGAGGAGGGGGAGAAGCAGCAGCGCGGUGAGAGGGGUGAGAGUCGGGGGGAAAAGGGAGGAGGGGGCGAGCCUCCACAGCUCGGUGAAUUGGCGUUGUCGCCGUUCCUCGUUCGUCCGUCUCCCUUGCGUCUCUUUGCGAUACCAGGCUACCAGCCGCCUCCCUCUUCGAGUCUUCGUUGAAUGCAAUUUGUGCCACGGGCGUGUCUCGCGUGCUUCUCGGUCCAAGCCGUCUACGUGGCAAUUCAAGCCGUGCUUUCGCUGUACGCGAGCGGCCGUACAACGGGUAUCGUUAUGGACUCCGGCGAUGGCGUGACUCACACCGUGCCCAUCUACGAGGGAUUCGCUAUGCCCCACGCCAUCCUUCGUCUGGACUUGGGCGGUCGGGAUCUGACGGACUACAUGAUGAAGAUCCUGACGGAGAGGGGCCACUCCUUCACGACCACGGCGGAGAGGGAAAUUGUGAGAGACGUCAAGGAGAAGCUUGCUUACGUGGCCCUCGAUUUCGAGCAGGAGAUGCAGACGGGAGCGGGGAGCAGCGAGCUGGAUAAGACGUACGAGCUGCCGGACGGCCACGUCAUCACCAUCGCCAACGAGAGGUUCCGUUGCCCCGAAGUGAUGUUCAAUCCCGCCUUGAUCGGGAUGGAGUCUCCUGGGAUCGCGGUAACGACCUAUCAAUCAAUCCAGAAGUGUGACGUGGACAUCAGGAAGGACUUGAUUGGGAACAUCGUUCUCAGCGGUGGGUCGACGAUGUUCCCGGGGAUUAGCGACAGGAUGACUAAGGAGAUCACCAUGGCGGCGCCAAGCACGGUGAAGGUGAAGGUGGUGGCGCCGCCGGAGAGAAAGUACAGCGUCUGGAUUGGGGGGUCCAUUCUCGCGUCGCUCAGUACGUUCCAGCAGAUGUGGAUCAGCAAGGCCGAUUUCGAGGAAUCCGGGCCAUCGAUCGUCCAUAGAAAAUGCUUCUAAGUUCUUUCUUUCUCUCUCUCUCUCUCUCUCUCUCUCUCUCUCUCUCUCUCUCUCUCUCUCUCUCUCUCUCCUGUCUCUUAUACACAUCUAGAUGUGUAUAAGAGACAGAGUGUGCUCUGUGUAUACUUGUGUGUGCUCUGACUCGCCCGCAAACUGGGUUCGAAGCGCACAGAUGCACGCUGCACCUCUUAUGGUUCGGCAUGACAUUGUUAUAUCCGACCUUCCAGUUUGCGAUGCGGCUGUUCUUGUUGUCCCCCGAAUGCAACGCACCCUCAUUUUGGCUGUAUCUGGCCAGAAUGGGACUUGGAGAGAGAGAGAGAGAGAGAGAGAGAGAGAGAGAGAGAGAGAGAGAGAGAGAGAGAGAGGGAGUCGUGCGUUUUUAGAAUUGGAAAGGUAGGGAAGUAUAGCUGUUUUGGAUAGAAUAGGAGUAAGUCCGAGUAACUAAAGUACGUAGGUGCAUUACCAUUCCUCUCAGUCCGAGUAGUGGUCGCUGUGACUGAGCGGCUAGCGCCUGAGAGAAAAAAGAAUCUUGGAGGAGGAGGAGGAGGAGGAGCAUGCACGAAGACGAGAGGAGGAGCAGGACACGGAAGCGGCGCUAAAGGAGAAGGACGAGAGGAAUCGAGUGGCGAUACAGAGGAGAGAGUAGAAGAAGAACAGAGGAGAGGAGGAGGAAGACGAAAGAGGCGGACAAGAGCAGUGCAAUUCCAAAGGAACGAGUUUUAGACUGCAGGCAAAAUAGCCUCAGGACAGAAGUGGAAAACGAAGGAAGAGGACGACAGGAUUCAAAUGUGAUUUCAGAGGAGCGAGUUUAGGCCAGAAAGAAAGAGAGACGACAGGAAGAAGGGCAAGCACUGCCAAGCAGGAGGAGAAGAAUCACGCGGAAUUUGCUCGUGAUUUUAACUGAUGUAACAAUCGUUAUCUGUUAUACAUCUGCAUUUCCAUUUGCGGUCCUAGACUAAGUGUAUUCUUACUGGCAGUAGUUGUAGUCGUAGCGACAGUUGUUGUUCUUUUCUUGUUCUUGUUCUUGUUCUUGUUGUUGGUGUUGGUGUUGGUGUUGGUGGUGGUGAUGGUGGUGGUGGUGGUUGUGGUGGGAGGAGGAGGGGGGGGGAGGGGCAGAGGGAGGGGUUAAUUAUUGUGGUGUGGUGCGGUGGCAAUUUGGUGAGGUACUCCUAUUGUGGCUCUUUCGGCU